ACUCCAGAAGUCCAGAAUCGAAUAAGUAAAAGACAAAAUCAAAAAUUCAGACCAAAAAAAAAAUCAGAGAAAUGAAAAGAGGCUGAGCAACAACUCACCUCACGGCGGCAAUGGGCCUCCUCGUCCACCUCCCCAACCUCGCCGGCGCCCGCCGCCCAUCGCCGUGCGGCGGCCACCGGAGGGCCCGCGGCGGCGCGCGGUUCUCGGUGUCCGCCGCGGCGCCCGGCGGGGGCGUCAAGGAGGAAGAGGAAGAGGAAGAGGAGGAGGAGGAGAAGGGGACGAGGGGGAAGGAGAGAAUAGUGAUUCGGGUGUCGGACCCGGUGCGGGAGAGGCGGCUCCCGCCGCCGCUCUUCUCGUCCCCGGACGCCCCCUCGCCGGCGGCGGGGCGGCGGCGGAGGAAGGGGGAGGACGAGGACGACGGGGAGGACCGGCGGCGGCGGUACCACGUCAACGUCGGGGACGCCAUCCGGGCGCUGCGGGAGGAGCUCCCCGCCGCGUUCUACCGGGAGCCCAGCUUCCAUAUCUACAGAGAUGAUAUUGUCUUCAAAGAUCCUAUCAAUAAUUUCACGGGUAUUGAUAACUACAAAAGGAUAUUCUGGGCUCUACGGUUUACUGGGCAAAUUUUCUUCAAAGCACUAUGGAUCGACAUUAUCAGCAUAUGGCAGCCUGUCGAGGAUGUAAUCAUGAUCCGCUGGAUUGUCCAUGGCAUUCCUAGAGUUCUCUCGGAUGGCCCUGGCAGAUUUGAAGGCACCUCAGAGUAUAAGUUUGACAAGAAUGGGAAGAUCUAUGAGCAUAAGGUUGAUAAUGUUGCCAAGAACACACCAACGAAAUUUAAGGUCUUGCCAGUCGUAGAGCUCAUCAGAUCACUUGGAUGCCCAUCUACUCCAAAACCAACAUAUUUUGAGACGUCGUCCCUACAGCUAAUAUCGCUCUUGCCAUUCUGGUUCAAAUUGACUUGGAUGAGAUGCUACUUGUCAUUGUACCUUAUCCUAGCAAAUUUAUCAAAAGGAUGAGGAUCGAUGGUUGAGGUCCAACCCAAUGCCUCUAAAUUUUGCCCUUCCAUUGUAUGGUAGUGUAUACCUUUGAGCAGCUCGCCAAUACCUACAUGUAAACGAUUUUGUUUGUGUACAGCUCAAAGUUUCUGUCUAGGAAUGUAGGCAUAGCUGAAGUUAUUCCAAGAUCUUGGCUGAGUUUUGUAAGCUGUAUAUUGCCCCCUACCUGGGUAUGUAAUCAACAGACGAGGCAAGUAAGGAAAUCUUACAUGCUUGCACGUUGCCUGAUACUGAACUUUUUGCUAUCGAAUUGCAAAAGGUUUUAUACCAAACCAAUUAAGUGCUUGGGCUGUGUUCCUGUGAAUGAUCUGAAGAUAUUUUGGGUAUUAUGAUCAAUGAGCAGUGAAGUUCAGUUACAGAUCUAAGAUGUCACUGUCCUUUUUUUGGUCUCAAGGAAGGGGUCAAGGAAAGCCUGCCUUUCCAUCACUGUCUGUCACUGGCGGAGAGUAUAGAAAGUCGUCAGCGGUUGCAUUAUCCAUAACUAUGAUCUUGUCUAAUGUCUAUGUCAGCCAGGAAGACUGGUUUGUAAUUUGUUACUUAUCUCUUGAAGCUUUGCAUGCAAAACUGGGUUGUACUUGAAACUUCUGAUAUUACAACUGAACCUUGCAAUCUUUA